CAUACUGCCUCCAAACUCCACACGUUUCCAAACCCCUAUAAUAUCUCCUUGUUCUUCACCGAGUCUCCAAAUUGGUACGCCCUUUGUUUCUCGUCUCCCCUUUUUUUCUCAAUCAAGUUGUUUUGAGCCAUGCCUAGCUAUGCAAAGCAUGGCUGCAUCAUGCCACUACUCCUCGCUCUCAUGAUCAUUUUUAUAACCAAACAUAUCCAAUAUGAUGAGAUUAUGUAUUCUUGGAGCCACAUUGUGGUGUGCUGCUUCCUUGCUGCUUCUGUCGCUGCUAUAUACUUUACGCGCUGGCCUCGUCCGGUGUACAUGAUAGAUUUCUCGUGCUACAAGCCCGAGGAAUCCUGCAAGUACACCCGCGAGGCCUUUGUGGAACGGAGCAUAGUGCUCGGCAUGUUCACCGAUGCCAACGUGCAGUUCCAAAAGAAAAUACUGGAGCGGUCAGGGGUCGGGCAGUCUACGUACUUCCCGCCAGCGGUGGCGACGAUCCCACCGGAUCUUCGGAUAUCGGAGGCGAGGAAGGAGGGGGAGAUGGUGAUGUUUGGGGCUGUGGAUCAGUUGCUCGCAAAGACUGGGAUUGAGACUAAGGCUAUUGACAUACUGAUUGUCAAUUGUAGCUUGUUCAGUCCCACACCGUCUCUCGCUGAGAUGAUCUUGAAUAGGUAUAAGCUUAGAGAGGAUGUCAUUUGCCAUAAUCUUAGUGGCAUGGGAUGCAGUGCUGGGCUCAUCUCCGUUGAGCUAGCUAAACAACUUCUUAAGGUGCAUCCUGAGUCCUACGCAUUAAUAGUGAGCACAGAGAACAUAACCCUCAACGGAUACUACGGCAACCAGCGCUCAAUGCUCGUCACAAACUGCCUCUUUCGCAUCGGAGGCGCCGCAAUCCUCCUCUCCAACCACCGCUCCGAUGCCCACCGUGCUAAGUACGUCCUCUCCGACCUAAUCCGGACCCACAAGGGCUCAGACGACGCAUCCUACAGUUGCGUCACCCAAGAGGAGGACGACGAGGGUAAAGUUGGCGUUUCGCUCUCCAAAGAUCUCAUGACCGUCGCUGGAGACGCGCUCAAAGCCAAUAUCACGACGUUAGGACCUAGAGUACUACCAAUAUCAGAACAGUUAAGAUUUUUACUCUCGUUGAUCGAGCGAAAGCUGCUUAAAAGGAGGGGUAGUAAACCUUACGUGCCCGAUUUCAAGAAAGCUUUCGAGCAUUUCUGCAUUCAUGCUGGUGGAAGAGCGAUAUUGGAUGAGUUAGAGAAGAAUUUGGGGCUUGAUGAAUGGCACCUGGAACCGUCGAGGAUGACUUUGUAUCGGUUUGGCAACACGUCGAGCAGCUCUCUAUGGUAUGAAUUGGGAUACACCGAGGCGAAGAGGAGGGUGAAGAAGGGGGAUAGAAUUUGGCAGAUUGGAUUCGGGUCGGGUUUCAAGUGCAACAGUUUGGUUUGGAGAGCUCUGAAGGAUGUCGAGCCUGAGGAGAAAUAUCCAUGGAUGGAUGUUAUUGAUGAGUUCCCUGUUCAUGUGCCCAAAAUUGCAACAAUUAACUUAUAAUUCCUUUAAGAUUAUAUAUGCCAUAGUGUAUUGGAGGGUAAGAUUUUAUGGAGGGAUGGAGGGAGAUUUUAUUUCAAGAGAGAUAUUGUUGGAUAAUUAUUAUGAUUUUAUGUAGCGUGGUUAUUAUGAUUAAGGACGCUAUUUACAUAAAAGAGAACUUUGUUGGUUGCAG